ACACUCCCACCAGUGCGCGCGAGUCGGUCGUGCGGGAAGGAAGCACACGGGCAAUGGGAGCGAGCGAGAAGGGUCCUCUCUACUAACGAGUGACCGGGUUCGACGCGCAGUCGCCAGGUGAGGCAACAACGACGUGUGCGCGCAACGGUCGGCCGGUUGUUCGCCAGUGUUGCACGAAACUUUGCCACUCGCGACGGCGGUCUCAUCGACGAAGACAGAGCCGCGGAGAAACGAUUUUUUACUCGCGGGUGCUGAACGUUCGCGGAGUUAUCGUGCGAUACCUGCGCAAACGUGGCGCGCGUACGUACGUGUGCAUCAAUCGACACGCGAUCCAACGGUUAUCGAUCGAUCCAUAACCUCAAAUAUCGCGUUCAGUAAGCGAUAUGUCGCGCCAGGAUACCGACAGUCUGUGAAGUUAGCGUAGUGUGAUCGGUUCAGGUGAGAAAAAGGGCCGAAGGUUGAGCUUUUUUUUUUGCCACCGCGUACCCAGGACACGGCAACGUCCGUUCCGUCCGUGUUCGGCGUGAAGUGUGAACCUCCUUCGACAGGUUUUCGGUUCAGGUGUACGUUGAUCCAACAGUGGGAAUAAGCAGUGCAAGAACGGAACGAGAGGAACGAAGUAACCCUGGCAAAGAUGCAGACCACGGGAGCGAGGGGACCGACUCACCUGGUUGCCCUUUACGUGGCGACGGCCGGUCUCCAGGGUAAUGCUCUCGGCUCUGACGAAGAGGAAAUCACGCUGUUGGUGUACGUGCUCAUCGACGUGCUGCAAAACAAGGUGCUGGGAAGGCAGCAGUACAUUGUACGACCGAUGGUAAUGGACGAAAGCUGUACGCCUGGAACCGGUAGCGACAAUCCGGCGGUCGCCGGAAGUAGCGGUGUUAUCAGCGAAGCAGCACUGGCGCAUGCUCCAGCGUUAACCGAGAAAACGGUUCGAGAACACGGAAUUCCGUUGGAGCAAGCGGUCGAGCAGUUCGAAGCAUGGUGGUCUUCCAUGUCCUGCGUGACGUCAGGCACCGCACCGAGAUUCGUCGUAGACGGACAGGCGCCUUUGAGACAAUGCCUGCAUCCAGAGGCCUGCAACAAAGACAUCGAGCUGCCAGAACAUUACAACUUCUUCCACGACCUCCGCAAGGAAUUCGUCGCCUGCUACUCUACCCACGGGGAACUUUCGACCUUUGGUAUACAGGAGAUGCUGGAAUAUUUCGGUCUACCGUCCGAUACGGAAAACGACUAUCACGUGAAGGAGAUACAGGAUAUGAUCAGCGUGAUACAAAGAAUGAUCAAAGACGGUCACGUUUUCCAAACUCCUGAAGUAAUUAAUAUUAUCUUAGAACCUGGUAUAUGCUCAAAAGAUGAAGAAGUUGACAAUGGCUGUGUAGUAAGAGCACGAGGUCUUCCUUGGCAAUCGUCUGACCAGGACAUAGCAAAAUUUUUUCGUGGCUUAAAUGUUGCCAAGGGUGGCGUAGCUCUGUGUUUAAGUCCUAUGGGAAGACGUAACGGAGAAGCAUUAGUACGAUUUGUUAAUAAAGAACACAGAGACAUGGCAUUAAAAAGACAUAAACAUCAUAUGGGUGGACGAUACAUAGAAGUUUACAAGGCUUCUGGGGAGGAUUUCGUCGGCGUUGCAGGAGGAACAAGUGGGGAGGCUCACGCAUUUUUGUCACGGGGAGCCCAAGUCAUUGUUAGAAUGAGAGGCUUGCCAUAUGACUGUGUAGCUAAGCAAGUGCUGGACUUCUUUUUAUCAGGGCAAAAGCCCUGUCACGUGUUAGACGGGGAAGACGGAGUCCUAUUUGUCAAGAAACCAGAUGGCAGAGCAACUGGAGACGCUUUCGUUCUUUUUGCGAAAGAAGAAGACGCUGUGAAGGCAUUGAGCAAACACAGAGAUUGCAUUGGUAGUCGGUAUAUCGAACUUUUUCGCAGUACAAUUGCUGAGGUGCAACAGGUCUUGAACAGGGCAAUUGACCCGAAACAGGUCGUACUCCCGACGCCACCUAUCCCACAGCUUCCACCAAUACUUCCGCAACACAUCAUCACGUCCGGUACGCGUAAAGAUUGCGUUCGAUUGCGCGGUCUUCCUUACGAAGCUCUCGUAGAACAUAUUCUCGAAUUUAUGGGCGAGCAUUCCAAGAAUAUCGUCUACCAAGGUGUUCACAUGGUUUACAAUGCUCAAGGUCAGCCCUCAGGCGAGGCGUUCAUUCAAAUGGACAGCGAAAGUUCGGCGUUCGCGUGCGCGUCGCAACGGCAUCAUCGAUACAUGAUAUAUGGCAAGAAACAACGGUACAUCGAAGUGUUCCAGUGCAGCGGGGACGAUAUGAAUCUGGUAUUGACAGGUGCGGUAACUCAGCCGUCAACCAAGGCUCUGCUAUCACCCGGUACGUUGACCACACAAAAUCCUGCAACUUUGACACAUCCGCCUCCGCCUACGCCGGUACCGGUACAGGUACCGACGGCGCAACCUCCCCUCUGGGACAUUCACGCGUUAGUGCAGGCCCAAGCCCAAGCACAGGCGCAGGCUCAAGCGCAGGCUCAAGCGCAGGCUCAAGCUCAGGCUCAAGCGCAGGCGUUACGAAACCAAGAUUUCUGGCUAAUGGCUUUAGCCUCCAAUCCACCGCCCACUUCCACUACUCCCGCAUCCCCAACUUCGUCGGCCACGACUAAGACGCUCGCGCUACCUGGACAUAAUCAGCAUCAGAUCCCUGCCUAUGCCAUGUCACCUCCAGCGGCAGCCGCUGCCGCCGCGGCCGCUGCGGCGCUUCACGCUCAACCACCGACACAUGCGCCAUUCUUAUUCUUCAAUGUUCCUUCGCGAAUCCCUAUUCUGCGGGGACCAGCGCCCCACGGUCUGCUGACGCCCAUCGUCCAGGCACCUUUGAAUCCUGCCGCCAUAAUGGGAUUGAAACGAUCAUGGGAAAGCGCUUUCCCGCCCGACGCAUCCGGCACCGUCGCGAAACGCGCCACGUGGCACUCGCCAGCGGCCGCGUUCGCUCAAGCUCCAACUGCGGCACCUGGUUUGCCUUACCCUGCUCAAUUUUAUCCUCAGAUUUGAAGGAUCGAGCCGUGCCAGUGUCGAUCGCCGCGGUAACAACGGACCAAGUCGGUAAUCAAGGAUCUUCAUUUAACGGGUGCUCCGUUUUCCAUACACUUUCCACUGGUCGCGUUUAUCGUCCAAUGCGAAAACGUUCGUUCCUUUAUGAAGUAAUGUCUCGCUUUUUGAUGAAAUCAACGCAUGUAUAGGGUAUCCUAUCUAAAUCGUUUCUCUUGGAUAUACCUGCAUCGAUAGUAACGGCAAAUGUAUCAGACAAAAGGAAGGUUGUAGAGAGUAGUUGAAGAAGAUAGCUUUCGGUAGGUGGAGCGAUCAAUAUCUUCUUUUAAAAUGGAAGUACCAGAAGUCUCGUACACUUUCAAUAAAAGCUUAACCACAUUAAAUUAUUCACUCCUUAAAGCUACAUACUUUUUAUCUAAUACAUUUGCCAGUAUGAUCGACAAUUUCACGACCAGAUAUUUAAAGGGAUCGAUUUCCACAGGUCGCUGUAUACAUGCAUCGGUAGCUGGAAGUUCGUUAUUUAAUUCAUCAUUCUUACGGUUGUAUCUCAUUCACUGCCCUCGUCGAAAUGGCUCGUUUCAGUUGGGCCAGUUUCUAGAGCAAAAUCUCGAUCGAUUCUCUGUUCACGAUAAUCGAGGCUUCUGAUUCUUCGUAUCGUGAAGAGUAGCUUCCACGUGGGUUUUUGCGACGACCGAUCGAAACGUUCUUCACGCGUGAAAGACACGGGAUAAUGUUUUUCUCGUUUGCAUCGUCGCUGUGCAAAAUUUUGUCGUAUUAUUAAGACGUACGAUUCAGUUUCUCCAUGAACGUACACAGUACAUGAUUCUGUUCGCUAUAGUUAUUUCCUGACAUUCCACAUAGCACUUUGUGCAAGCCUCCCUCUUUUGUAUCGGUGUACGGUGACUGUUAUUUAGAGGCCCUUUGUUCUUGGACUCUUUCCUCCAAUUUUCAGACUUGUUUUCCAUUUUGAUACUUAUUUCGAGCAACAGUACUUAGAGUGUUUUAUGUGUUACUUUAUUAUAUAUAUAUAUAUAUUUCUUUUUUAUUAAACGUAACAUGCACAUUUUAGACGUCACUUAUUGUUAGUAGACGGCGUCUUGUUUUGUCGUGUGAACUCUGAUAUAAUUCGCGCGGAAGAUCGUGUCGUUUCACGCAAUGUGCAACAAAGUGCCUUUAACGUAAACGCGAUCGAGGACUCUCCGAUUCAGGUUUUUCCUCUGGAGAUUUCCUGAUUUAUAUGAAUGUGUAAAUAUAUACAUAUAAAUUUAUAUGUUAUAUAUACAAAUAUCUAAGUACAGACCCAAGCAUAUACAUAUAUAUAUAUAUAAAAUUUAUAUAUUUUGCUAGAAAUAUUUUUAUUAGUGAAUAAGCAAUGGACAUUCCAUCCAAUGUUAUCGAUUUCUUAAGCUCCAGAAUCUUUGGAGGGUAGCUAUACUUUUACGCGGCAUCUAUUUUACGCGCGGUCAGAAACGAAAGAAAAAAAACAAUGAGCCCGGUUACGUCGCAGUUUCGCUCAAAUGGUUUGCACUGUAAUGCUCGAGAGCUUCCCGAGUCGAACAGGUCCGACGUGACAGACAAAUUCCCACGACGAAGUUCACAAACCCAUUUCUAGCCUCUCGCCACAUUCCUAAAAAAAAAUAUAUAGAAACAAACGCGUUUCGACGUUCACGUACGUCUGUGUUGAGUCGAAAGUCGCAGGGAGUACUCAAGCUACAAACAGGAAAUCGGAACAGCAUGCUCGAACGUGUUAUUAUUGUUUUUUACGCGAACAUUCUCUUGGUUGGUGCAGAUACGUCCAUCGAUUGGACAGUUGUGUUAAACGUUACGAGGGCUUCGCGAACGAUGCAAACCAAGGAGGUGUAGCCAGCAGACAUUUUCAACUAUUAAUCCUUUGCAUUUCAUAUAUUUACUUUGGACUAGCAACUCCGAGUGAUUUUGCAAAUAUUUGUCAUACUUCUUACAGCUGAUUUUUUUUGCAUACAAAUUAAUAUAAAGAAAUAUUAUACUUGAAUAUUCUAUCUUUAGGAAGUCGGUCACCUCUCGAGUGCAAAGGGCUGAAGUUGAAGAGAAAGGAUUCGUUAACCCAGAUAUGGCUGAAUUUGUUUUUUAAAAUAUUUUAUUAUGACCAGUUGAGGUGCCAAAAGUUUCAGACAUCUCUAAAAUGAUCCACCAUCUGGAAGGAAAUCUAGGAAUUUACAGAAAUAAUACUCCGCGAGACUUUUGAAUUAUUUAUAGGAUUACAUAGACCAGUUUCAUUUUUUCCACUCGUUUUAUUUAACAUACUUGCAAACCUUUCUGGAAGGACGUCUGCCAUAACUGGGUUAAUUACUUGGAUCCGUUUAUCAACUGAGCAAUUGAUAGAGUAAUCUGAUCCAGGAACUGAAAGAUUCGGAUUGAAAUCAGGAAUCAAAUGGAUCAGUGAUUUCUUCGAGUAAAUAUUAAGGUGUCCCAAAAAGUAUUGCGAAUAUCAAAAUCUUAAUAUAAUUUCACCCAAACUAUGAAUGUAUUCCUCAGUAACGCCAUUAUGGUUCUUUUUGGACGCGUAAUUGUUGAAUCAAAUUGCUGAAUGAUUACGUUAUGGCUUCGGGAAAGUGAUAGUCGGACAGAGAACAAAGUCUGGACUGUACACUGGGUGAAUUGUAGUUUUAAUAAUAGAAUUAUAGUUUUGUUUUCCGAUAAUGGUGCGAACUCAUCAAACCUUUUAUUUUAUCGCAACUCAUUCGAAAGAUAAACCAAACGAACAAUGAAAACGUAAACGAACGCAGGAUAUAUUUUUGUAAUCAGCACAAAAACGAACUAUCCAAUAACGUAUCGAUACUUACAAUACUACUUCACUUCGAUAAAUGGUUUACAAAUAACCAGAAAGCAAGGUGACUAAAAUGCGCAAUAUUUGCUGGGACACCUAAUACAGUGUUUCUCUAACAUCCCUCACUUUAUUUCUAAUCAUCUCAUCAAAUUUAUAUUUGCUCAACAUUUGUACAGUUUCGUUAACAUUUUUUUGUGUCUCUAAUCAUAUUCAUCAAUUUCUAUUCUGCUUUCGUUAAAAAUAAUAAGAGGUAAUUAAUUUUUAUUUUACGAGCAAGAUUGUUUUAACUGAAAUUAUAGCAAUGAAGAUUUCUCGAUGCUAACGGUUAUACAAAAUUCAUUUAUGUUUAAAUUUAAAUUGCAAAGUACGAAGCAAUUUAAUUUCAACUAUGUUAUUACGUAUACAUUUGUAACAUAAUCAAAUUGUACUCCACUCCACAAGAAAAGGUCUACCGAAAGGUGAAGUUUGAGAAACACUGCUAAUACAUCCAAGUAUCUAGAUCCAAUUAUCAUCUGCAUCCUAAUAACACUUAAUACAUGCAAAUCUUUGUAAUUCUCCCACGGUGUAUCGUUACCUAGGCCUCGUAACUUGUGAUUGUUAACUUGGUGUCGGCAGUGUUCACCCUUUCGACGCUCUUCCACGGUUUAAUAUUUUGUGAUAACGUAGUUGGUGGAUAGAACCAGAGAUGGGCAAAAUUUUAUUCCACCGAUAACGAAUGAAAGGAACAGAAAUUUAUUCAAUUAAAUAUUUAAAUGUUCAUUUACUCGCGUUCAUUCCAUAAUCUCGCUUCUUAUUUUUAUUUAACGAGCGAGUUAUUCUUUACUCGUUAGUCGAAACUUUAUCUAAAUAAAAUUUCGCUCAUUUCUGGAUAUAAUUAUUAAAGACGAGGCAACAUUGAGUCUACGCGGAAAACUCGUUACUCCAGUCACUGAAACACACUAAAAUACGAACAAAAUUAUGAAAAAUAUCCGCGUUAAAGUGAUUCUUCGCGUGUAUCUCUAUUAAUAAUCCCGCAAUCAUUAAUUCCCACGAAGAUCAGCAAUAUCUUCACAAUGAAUUCUAAAGUGACUGGACCACGUGGAAUGUUCGUACGCGUGAACGACAAUCGUGCAUACUGCCAUGCCUACGAAAAAGCUUUUUCAUGGUCCUUCGCGAUCAGGAAGCUUCGCCUUUUGUUCCGACUCUCUGUGUGGUUUUUGUGCGUACUUGGUGUGUUAACGCGAAAAAAAGUUUCUUCUUGCCACGUGUUCUCUUUCUAUCAUUUUUUCUCUCCCUCCCCCCCCCCCCACCCAUUUUUUUUACAUUUAGACGCAAUAACGAGGCGAUUCCGAAACGCGGAAACGCGCAACACAAAUCGUCGUUGCCUCAGAAGCAUAAAGUCCGCGGGUAUAGAAACGAUUGGUUUGCAUGUCGUGGUUUUGUGGAGGGACGUGCAUACCUGCAAGUACCUGUAAUGAUCUUUCUUCGUUAGCUAUCGUUCACGACCAAACAAGGUUACGUAAUCGCGUCAAUUUCGUUCUUCCUCGCGUAACUACGUUCAUUAUAAUAUUAGUCGUAUAAUUUUUUCCCCUCCUCAAAGUUGUUCCUCCGUUUUCCCCUCCUCUUGCAUUCCUCACCUACCGAUACACGUACCCACACACAAAUACACACACACACGCAUACAUAUCUCGUAACAAUUUUUUUUCUUGUACUUUUACAUGUAAUCCUACAUAAUUUCGCACAAGCCUCUCUCUGUUUGACAGGAUGCGGUAGCGUAUUACAUAGAAUCGAGUAGUAGUACUUUGGUACAGAGGUGGGGAACGUUUCUCUCGGUGUAGUUUUAGUCGAUGGUGAUCGACUAAUCACCACGAUUCGAAUACUAUUAUUUAUUCGACCGUUUGAAAUUGUUUAUGCAGACGAGAAUUUUGCCCAUCUCUGCUUUGGUAUACCUAGUCCUGUUUUGUCGUUACAAAUUGCUGUGCAAAGUGUGCACGGCCUUCGAUACUUCGCGCGUUCUCAGAGGUUGAUGAGUACAAUGAGUUCGAAGCGCGCAAGGAUGAGACCGUGUCUAAUUACUAGACCGUGGAUUUCUAUGCGUUUAUGGGAAACGAAAGUACGGAGAAAUCCGUAUGAAAACGUCCAUGAAUGCAAAAGUACGUAAAACGUCAAAAAUAAUACACGUGGUACAGCGUUUAGAAGAUGAGACAAACUUUCAUCUAAGCUUAAAUCUUUUUUCUAUAUCCGAGAAAAUAUGAAUUUGCAUUAACAUCCACGGUCUACUAAUUACCUGUGCUGUUAUAUUAUUCUCCAAAUUUUUACAUCCAUUCACGGUUGAAAUGUUAGCACCGAUACUUCAAUUAUUAGAUAAUCAAACGGCUCUGUUAACCAACACUCGGUGUACUUUACUUCUUAUUGACUUCUUAUCGAAGAAAAGCACCGCUCAGGCCACGAAGAGUGCACUUUGGUAUCCGAGAUUUGCGCACACUUUGCAUUCCAAUCUUACUAAUGUAACUCGAGAAUCGGGUAUUGCCUGCCGAUUAUAUAUUUACGUCGGGAUUACGCUUCCUGAUUCGGCUUCACCCUAGCAUUAAUAGACAUCCUAGAAAUUAGAUUUCGCGAGGCGACGCGAAACGGAAGGGCAACCCCUCGGAGCUGUCCUAACUCUUCGCAGCGCAGUCAUUCGAAUAGCUUCGAGGCCUUUCGAGAAGGAUACAAAAGAAUCGAAGUCGGGGAAACGCGUGAGAAAAUACGAUGGUGCAAGGUGGUGCAGAUCAGUGUUGAGCAAUGAUUUGUAAUUAAUUUAGUAGCAAUCGUUAGCACGUAUUGUCAGGUGAACGCGUUCGUGUUCUGCAAUCUGAGAAUCUGUAACCGUUUCUUAAUCUUAUCGUUGAUAAAAUUGUCGGAGAUAGGCAUAGGUUGUUGAACUUUUCAGAGCAAUGAGGCAUUGGCCAAUUCAGUAAUUUAGACGUUAUGAUUUAUUAUUUCGUUUUUGAUAUAAACCUCUGAUAACUUUGUGACUCGUAAAAGUUGGCGGCAAAUUAUUAAACUUUUCCGAGCAUUGAGGCAUUGGUCACACAAAUCAGUAAUUUACCCAUCGUAAUUUAUUACUGUUACGUUUAUUGUUACCAUUUCAAUUUCAAUCUCUCACAUUUGGCAACUUCGUGACUUCUAAACACUCGACCUGAAACCACGAUUAUUGCAACUUGCCCAACACUGCUGCAAACUUCUAAGAUAAAUGAUCAAAGCAGCUGAUCCUUGAUGCUAAUCGCCACGUGUUCGCGAAGAGUUUAGGGAUCGUGGACGCUCGCGGCGAGAUUUAUGGGGUUUCCGCGUCGCGUCGCCUCCAUGGGGGCGCAUCUUGGUGUGUUUUGAAAACGUAUAAUAAAUGUAUCGAUCGAGCACGUGGAGACGUUCACUCUGGGCCCCUUCUUGUCCCAAAAGAAUCUUAAUGUCGAUGUAAAAUUAAUUCUAGUCGAAGUUAGAUUUAGGAGACAGGGAGAUCUCGAGGAACUUCUCGACGAGCUCGACUCCUUUAUUACAAAUACCAUUACCAUCGAUGAUUGCGGCCCGUACGGUACGUAAGAUGCGCCUUCUCGAUAAACGAGACACGCGUGCAUCGAACGGAGGACUUUGUGCGUCGAUAAACCGAGCGAUCGAGGAAUCUGGGCUCUCAGAAGUGGGCAAAAUUUUAUUCGAAUAACAGAUGACGAACGAGAAAGAUAGGAACAUCGUACAGUAAUUUAUUCGCAACUUUGAUGCAUUCGAGGCAUAAUUCAAGUAUAAUUUGAUUGCACAAUCCAGAAUGUGUAAUUUUUAUUUUUAGUUGAUUUAAAUUUCAAUAGAAUCAAUGCAUUUUUGCAAAUAAUUACUAGAAAGAAUUUCGCAGUAUUACCUUCGAACACCUCAAAUUAUCUAAUUUAAACUUGCACGAGACCACUGAAUUUUUGUAAAGAAUCAGUUAAAAGAAUCUUGCAAACUUACCUUGGACCUCGAAUUAUCUUUCACGUCGAAUGUUGAAUCGAACUUCUUAAAUUUAAGGAACCCUGCAAAUAAAUCGCUGUGUAGACUUUUUAUUCGACUAAAAUUCCGCCCAUUUCUUCUUUAACAGAAUGAACUUCUGUCCUGAUCUAGUAACGCGUAACAGACGCAGAGCCUAAUUUUUAAAUCUCACGAUCCUCGUCGUAGCUCAACUUACCGACUCGCAAUCUCUUCCAAAUGUGUAUUACCUGCCAUUAGCUUUCGCUGGGCACUCACACGAGCCGUAUUAUACACGUAUCCACAGGCUACUGAGGGGAAGAAAGGUUGAGUGCUCGUGUGUGUGGGAGUUAGAGUGACAGGGUGCGAGAGGAUGGAAAAUUGAACGAGCGAGGGAGUAGCAUUAUAGACACUAUCGUCCUCCGUACUAACUCAAACGAAGCUCGUCAUAUCAAAGGCCGUGGCAUUUUUCCUAUUGCGUUGAAUGUGUUGUCUGGUUAUUGUGAAUCGCUAACAUGGUGACUGACAGUGUCGUCCCUUUGCAAAUUUACAUUUAACUAAUUGUCGCCGGUACUGGUUAUUAUCAGUACGAACGUUUGUCGCUAUUAUCCAGAGGCUGACCGAGAGACGUUCUUUGUGUGAACUAAUUAGACACUGUUUAGGGGCCUUCGGAUAGAAACAAGUGGCGGACUCUUGCCCUUUUCGGAAUCCUUUCAACCCUCUAUUAGUAGAAAAUUGUGUAAACAUACAGUUGAGAGUGAGGAUCCUGUAAAGUUCGUCGAAGGAAUUUUACAGGAACUUUACAGGAUGUUUCCUGGCAGCUUUGAUAGGCUAUACAGGAACAUAGUCGAGUACGCAGAUCGUGUAAAGCUCAUCGAAGGAAUUUUUUUGAAGUCAAAGCAACUCGUUUGAUGAAACGGUUGAAUUUAAGUCGUUCGUUGUGAAUUUAUCACGCGAUUCAAAUCAAAAUUUGUUUAAAUUAGAAUAUUGCCCAUCGUUGUUUCGAAUUGCAUAUAGUCGGUGCAAUUGAGAUUUGACGCGGUUAAUUAACGCUUUGACUACUAUUCUAUUUAAAAAGAGUUUACGAGAGAACUUUCUGUAAUAAUAUAUAUGUAUUAAUUGUUGGGAUUAACUUACGGAUACUUGGUGUAUCGAAAGCCUCAUCUAUUUCUUCAAAUUGAUCAUGGCAAGCGGAGAACCGACGAAAGGUUUCUGUAUAUAAAUGUUAGAAUUGGAAAGGCUGCGAAUUAGGUCUUGGUGGAUGAAGUGUUAAGAUUCACGAGGCGGGCAAGGGUCUCCGAGUAACGUUAAACAAAACAGACACAAAGUUCACGGCCAAUCGUGAAUGUCCUGGCGAAAGUUAAUCGAAUCGCUCGGUGACGAAAAAAAACAAAAAAAAACAAGCUGGACGUGUUUCAGUUCUGUGCGACACAUCUUUUCUCCAUCUUUUUUUUUUCUAUAUUUUUUUUUCUUGCUCUCUUUUUCGUUACGGCAGGACGUCUUUUUUUUCGAUUGCGUUUUAUCUAUUGGGAUAUAUAGGACACGCACAAACACACGCAUACACACGAACACACACGAAUCGAGAGAGUAUAUAUUGAUCUUUUUUUUUUACCCCUUGUAUACACCUUUUUUUCUUGUAUAUCGACGAUUAUAUCGAUGGUGAACGAUCAUGUUUAAUAAAUGUGCCUUGUGGACAUACAUAUCUUUUUGCUUGCCGGGUUGGUGGACUCUUACCCCUGAUUAUAUUACCCUCGCCUGGUGGUGGUAAUUUUCAUGGGCACGGGUGACUGUUAACGUCGUUCGAUUGAUUUUCUUUGAGGUGUCACUCUGUUGACUAUUUUUUUUUUUUUUUUUUUUUUUCAUAGCUAGGAGGAUAUGGAAAUUUCUCUUUAUAUUUAAAUAGAAAAUAUCGUAUAUUAAGUGCAAUUUCGUUUCAUGGGUACCACUGAAUUUAAACUUGGGUCCUUGCAGCCCCCUGUAUCCGCCACUGGACGUCCCGUUUCUCAUGGAUAUUCAUGAAAAUUACGACCACCGUACCCCUGUUACGUUCUAUACAUUUUUUUCCACUGGGCUCGCAGGUAUCUUUGGUGUCUACAGAUCAAGUUGGAGAUUUCUGUGUCGUAACUCUUGCCUCCCUCACUCUCUCUCUCUCACUCUCUCUCUCUCUCUCACUCACUCUCUAUUUAUUUGCUCUCGCUCACACAAUAGGUACUCUGUUUUUUACUCUCUCGGACUCUCGGUCUCUCUUUGUUGCUCUAGCUGUCUCUCCGUGCUCUCCUGCCAGGUAUUUUUUUUUUCUGUCUGUGUUGUACCACCUACCUACCCCAAAUCGUCGCCACGAUCCAUCCUCUUCCCUAACUUCAGCCCUUUCCAAAGGAACGGUCACGAGGUUCUUCGAGGGCAUAACAGUUUUUGUGUCGACAUUAACACAGCCAGCCCCUGUGAUUUGAUCUAACAAACGGUGCCUGACCAUCGAUACUCCGUAACCUAAUUCACAACGGGCAUUACGAUUAUACAGGGUUGUGUUCUGGAUGGGGAUCACUUCAGUCGGUGGAUUGGAACAAGCAUUGACGGAAACGGUUGCAUAUACAUGUAUGGGUGUACGAAAAAAUUGAAACUUCGAAAAUUAGCGAAAGCAACUUUCUUUGAGCCUUUUUUUUUUUUUUUUUUUUUUUUUUUUUUUUUUUUUUUUUUUUUUUUGAGAUAAUUUGCAAGGCAUUUACUUUGAUAUUUCAGGAUGAUGGCGGUGCCAAUCGUCAUCAAUAAACUGGGGAUCUCUAUGCAAAAUGAAAUCUUUGCAAACGUAUAUAAUAGAGUCAUAUACGAAUCUAAAUAGAAAUUUAUUUUACUUUGCGAAUAUUAUAACAUGAAACAAAUGCCUUAUAUGACCUUCUCCCCGACUUAUAGCCAUUGCUUUAUAUAUUUGAUAUUAUAAUACAUAGUAUAAAUAUGUAGGAUAAAUAUAUAGUAUAAUAUAAUAUUAUAUAAUUUACAUUAAUAUUAGUUUAAAUAAAAUAUUCGAAACAAAAAUGGUUAUAAUUCAGGAACAAGGUCACAUCAUAUGUUAAUAUGAAGUUUCUUGAUGAUUACAUGCCCCCAAUCCAUUGCUAAAGUGGGUUCCAUGAGAUUAUGACACACCCUGUGUAUCUGUUUACUUGAUUCUCUUGAAAUUCAGCGAAAUUGUGUUCUUCAGCUUUUCCACCGUGUUUGUUCCUUUCUUUUUAUUAAUUUAACGUGACCAGUUCUCCUUACGCUCUGUUCAACCCUCGGUGAACAGACUCCCUCUUAAUUUUACAACCCCUGUGUCUGCGAAUGCCUCGAUGCGAUACGAAUCCACGCUGAAGCCCGCCAAAACGUUUUUUUACAGUGUAAAUUAUAGAAUUGCGCUUGUAAAAAAAUAAGAUUCUUACCGAUUUAAUCUUAAUGAUUAUUUUAGUACUACGAUACGAACGCUGUUGCUUUAAAAACGUUCGUUUAGUUCAUCGAGGAUCGUACGCAAAAGGGCUUUUAAUGAGGAGAGAUGGGAGAGAAAGAGCGAGUGAGGUCUGAGAGAGGGAAGCAAGAAGAGAGAGGGAGAGUCUGAGUGAAUUUUUGGUGAUUUGGCAGAGGGGGCGAAAUCGCAAGUUGGUGCUACAUAUAUAUAUAUAUGUAGCAUACAUACAUACAUACAUAUAUAUAUAUAUAAAACAUACGUAUAUAUCGUGUUACAAUGGUGCAGUGUCGAUUGCUGUUUGGUAGCGGGAUCUACAAAUACUAACUUCUGUGCUUCCAGGUAGGCCAAGUCCAAAUCAUUAUUCCUCUGGAUGACGUGCUUUUCUACGGUCCGAGCGAGACGCCUAACUCUUCGGAGUCCCUAGAAAAAGCAAACACCUCAAACUGCGAGGUUCCGAUAUUUUUCCACUUACAAAAAAACUUACGUCGAACGAAAAAUUCGACAAGUUUCGCACGGACCGUAGAAAAUCAUCGAAUUAAUCGUGAAAUCGUGCAGGUUGCGGGAACGCGCAUAAAAAAAAAAGAAAAAGAGAUGAGACCAUGCGACGGAAUAUCGAAAUCAAAAUCAUCGAUCCACGAUCAGUGACGAAGAAGUAAAAACAUUUCUUAUUACAUCUCUCUGCACGAUGUCAUCGACCACGAAUCGUGGUGUGGUUACAUAGUUGGGUACUCUUCUUAUGUUUGUACAUACAUAGAAUC